AUGUUUUUCUUGAAAGAUUUAUCAUUAAACUUAACUUUACAUCCAUCAUAUUUUGGUCCUCAAAUGGAUCAAUUCUUAAGAGAUAAAUUGUUAACUGAUGUGGAAGGUACUUGUACUGGUCAAUUUGGUUAUAUAGUAUGUGUCUUAGAUAGUAUGAACAUUGACGUGGGGAAAGGAAGAAUUGUUCCAGGUUCAGGAAUGGCAGAAUUCGAAGUAAAAUAUAGAGCUGUUGUUUGGAAGCCUUUCAAAGGUGAAGUUGUUGAUGCCGUUGUAACUACAGUUAAUAAAAUGGGAUUUUUUGCUGAUGUAGGUCCAUUAUCUGUAUUUGUAAGUACUCAUUUAAUUCCUUCAGAUAUGAAAUUCAAUCCAACUGCCAACCCUCCAGCAUAUGUAAGUCAAGAUGAAAACAUCGAAAAAGGUUCGAAAGUAAGAUUAAAGAUCGUAGGUACAAGAACUGACGUUAAUGAAAUCUAUGCUAUUGGAAGUAUCAAAGAAGAUUAUUUAGGUCCAAGUCCAGUAUAA